GAGCUCCUGGCCUCCAGCCUGUCCUGCACCGCGGACGAGGCACCAAGUCCCGUGGUAAGGUACGUCAGAUCCCGAGUCGACAUCCCAGAAGUGGGUGCGGUCAUACCUCCUGUCGAGUCGGUGCUCGACGGGAUCGGGAGGAGCUACGUGCUGGACUACGAACAAGCGAUGAUGAAGACUCCUGACGAGUGGUCCCGCGUCUUGAAUAGAGAGCCGCCCGUCACUCCCUACACGGACGAAGUUUUCAAGCGUGACCCUGUGGCGUACAACACCUUCAUCGGCGACCUGGUGAAGGAGGACGGCAGCUUCAGCACCAAGCUCUUCUGUGCCCAGGCUGAUGUGCGCAACUACUUCUACGCUCUCGGCCUGAGGGAGGAGCUGGGACUGCUCUUCUCGCUGCCGCCGGUGUCACAGGCUUCCUUGUCGCAAUGGGGGGUUGAGGCAGUGGACACUCCCGAGGGCCCCUCAGGGGGCUGGGUCUGGCCGUUCCUGCGGGUCGUGCCGAUGGGCUGGUCUUGGGCUUUCUGGCUUGGGCAGCGUGCGAAUGCGCACGUCUGCUGCUCUGCCUCGGGGCUCGGGUUCCCGCGGGUGCUGACCGAUCACGGUCCGGUGCCCCCGCUCGACGAGGGGGUCCCUUGCCUCCUACCCUAUUGCGAUAACAUCAACGUCAUCGGCACCGACCCUGUCAAAUGCAAUGUCCUGAUGCACCAGAUCUGCGACGCCUGGAGGAAGCACGGCGUGCAGAUCCACGAGGUGGUUGAGGCCACCGACGUCUUCACCAGCCUCGGCCGCCUGAUCGACGGCGCGUCUGGGCGAGUUUUCUCACGGCCCGAGCGCCCCGAGCGCCUCCGCCAGGCCUCACUGUGGCUAGAGCAGCGCCCUAGAGUCACGGGGAGGGAGGUGGAGAGGUAUGUGGGUCAUCUCAUUGAUCAUUUGAUGCUGAAGAGGGAGCUGCUCUCGAUCCUCAGGAGCUUGUAUGAUUUCGUCAGAGAUUGCUAUCACGUGCGAGCCCGUCUCUGGCCCUCAGCUGCCCGCGAAGUCGAGCAGUGCCGUCGCUUGCUGCCGCUGAUGUCUGCUAACCUUCGGCUUCAGUGGUCGCCGACGGUCUUCGCCUACGACGCUUGCCUGACGGGUAUGGCGACGUGCCAGACAACGCUGUCAUCGGAUCUUGUCAAGCGCAUCGGGUCAGUCAGUGAGAGAUGGAGAUAUCGCAUGCCUUCGGCUAUCUCGGCACGCCGGUCAGCUCUGGGAGUCCGUUCUGGAUGCUACGAGGCCUCGGAGGGGCCGUUCGACGUCUUCAGCGACAUCGAGACCGUCAAGGCCCCCGGGAGCACCAGCAUGGACCUUGUCAAGGACCCUUGGGAGCUCAACCCGCAGUUCACAGAGGUGCCCGUCCAGGCUCUGCAGGGCCUCCAGUGGAAGCAGGUGGUCUCGGCCAGGGUUCACGUCAAGGUAUCUCGCCUGCCCCGCGCGGUGGCCGUCAAGCGCCCGGCUGCCAGCCCCAAGAUUGUGCAGAAGAGCAUCUUGAAGGGCAGGCCGUUCGUUGGGGCGACGAAGGAGGAGAGGAUCGCUCACCGUUUGCGGGCCUCUGGGCCGUUCGCGAUGGUGGGGGAGGACGAGAGGAGCUUCCUGGAGUGGAACGCGGUGGCGCCCGAGACCCAGGCAUACUACAAGGACGCCCUCGACGACUUCCAGACGUUCGUGGACCUCUUCGAGCGGCCGCUGCACACCGCUGAUCAGGUCGACCUGGCGCUGAUGAACUACGCCGAUUACGCCUGGAGCAUCGGGCUCGAGAGAGCCGCCGUCCUGAAAACAUAUGCCGCGUACAUCUCGGCCGUCGGCCUGCGCGAGCAGGACCUCUUCCUCCCCUCGGGCUCGUGCACGGACUACGGCUUCAACCUGCACCCCAGCGCGAGGGGCGAGUACAGCAAGACCAGCAUGUCGGACGAGAGCUUGCUCCUCGAUUCGGUCGAGGUGCCCUGGCUGGGCCCGCUGCUGGCGCGCGCGAGGUCGGGAGACCCGCAGGCGCCGCUGUUCCGUCUCACCGCCGCGCAGCUCGGCGUCCUGCGGCGCCAGUCGCUGGAGCGGGCCGAGGUGCCCACCAGGUGCGUGCCCUACCAGCUCCGCCACGGGGGCCCGUCGCACGAUCGCCUCAAGAGGUAUCGAUCCAUGGGCGAGAUCAAGAGGGCCGAGGCGGCGCCCGCGAAGCUGCACGCCGAGCUCGAGAGGCUCCUGGCGCGGCCCCAGAGGCCUUUCGUCGAGCUCAUGUGCGGCUCCGCCGCCUUUGCCAAGGCCGUCCACGCCGCCGGCUGGGCUUCGGAAGGCUGGGACUACGCUGAUGACCCGCGAGCCGACCUUCUUGAUGAAUCCCUCAUCGACAGUCUGGUAUUGAGGAUCUCACGGAAGGAGGUCGCGGGGGUGCAUGUUGGCCUGGACUGCAAAACGUGGAGCCGGGCAAGGAAGAAUGAUGGACGGGGUCCGCCGCCACUCAGGGACGACGCGAACGUGCACGGCCUCCCUCGGCUGGCGGCGGCGGACGCAGAGAAGGUUAGGAUCGCCAAUCGUCUGCUCGCUAAUGUUCUGCGCCUGCUGGCUGCUGCCGUCGAGGCGGGAGUCCCUUUCUCUCUCGAGAACCCUCGCUCGUCUCGCCUCUGGCUGGUCCCGGAGCUUCUGGACAGGGCCCGCGAAGCUCACGCCGAGUGGGCUUCUGUUGACUACUGCCAGUAUCAGCUAUAA